GACGAUGUCCCGAGCUGCUCCGGCGGGCUGGGGCCGGCCCGCGGCGCGCUGAGCCCCCCGAGCCCCGGCGCCCCGCAGCCGCCGCCGCCGCCGAUGGGCUGCGCCGUGGAGCGUGUCCGCAGUCGCCGCCCGGGCCGCCGUCUCCGAGGCUCCGCCGGCCACAGCAGCUGCACCAGCGGCACCAGCAGCGGCCGCGGCGGCGGCGGCGCCUCCUCCCUGCGCAGCCUUCGCCGCAGCCGCCGCGUAACCCGGGGCCCUUUGCUCUCCGCAGAAUGGCCCGCUUCGGAGACGAGAUGCCGGCCCGCUACGGGGCAGGAGGCUCCGGGGCAGCCGCCGGGGUGGUCGUGGGCGCCGGCGGCGGGCGCGGAGCCGGGGGCAGCCGGCAGGGCGGGCAGCCCGGGGCGCAAAGGAUGUACAAGCAGUCGAUGGCGCAGCGCGCGCGCACCAUGGCCCUCUACAACCCCAUCCCGGUCCGGCAGAACUGCCUCACCGUCAACCGCUCCCUCUUCCUCUUCAGCGAGGACAACGUGGUGAGAAAAUACGCGAAAAAAAUCACCGAAUGGCCUCCCUUUGAAUACAUGAUUCUAGCCACCAUUAUCGCCAACUGCAUCGUCCUUGCCCUGGAGCAGCACCUGCCGGACAACGACAAGACCCCCAUGUCAGAGAGGCUGGAUGACACGGAGCCCUACUUCAUCGGGAUCUUUUGCUUCGAGGCCGGCAUUAAAAUCAUCGCUCUGGGCUUCGCCUUACACAAAGGCUCGUACCUGCGCAACGGCUGGAACGUGAUGGAUUUCGUGGUGGUGCUCACAGGCAUCCUGGCGACGAUCGGGGCGGAGUUCGACCUGCGGACGCUGCGGGCAGUGCGGGUGCUGCGGCCGCUCAAGCUGGUGUCCGGCAUCCCAAGCUUGCAGGUCGUGCUGAAGUCCAUCAUGAAGGCCAUGAUCCCGCUGCUGCAGAUCGGCCUCCUCCUGUUCUUUGCGAUCCUUAUUUUUGCAAUCAUAGGCUUAGAGUUUUAUAUGGGGAAAUUUCAUACCACCUGCUUCGAGGAGGGCACAGACGACAUCCAGAGCGAGUCCCCUGCUCCAUGCGGGACAGAGGAACCCGCCCGCACUUGCCCCAACGGGACCAAGUGUCAGCCCUACUGGGAAGGGCCCAACAACGGGAUCACGCAGUUCGACAACAUCCUGUUUGCAGUGCUCACGGUUUUCCAGUGCAUCACCAUGGAAGGCUGGACGGACCUCCUCUAUAAUAGCAACGAUGCCUCAGGGAACACUUGGAACUGGUUGUACUUCAUCCCUCUCAUCAUCAUUGGCUCCUUUUUUAUGCUGAACCUUGUGCUGGGUGUGCUUUCAGGGGAGUUUGCCAAAGAAAGAGAGCGGGUGGAGAACCGAAGGGCUUUUCUGAAACUCAGGCGGCAACAGCAGAUUGAACGAGAGCUCAAUGGGUACAUGGAGUGGAUCUCUAAAGCAGAAGAGGUGAUCCUCGCCGAGGGUGAGACAGACGGGGACCAGAGACACCCUUUUGAUGUUGGAGCUCUGCGGAGAGCCGCCAUCAAGAAAAGCAGGACCGACCUGCUGAACCCCGAGGAGGCCGAGGAUCAGCUGGCCGACAUCGCCUCCGUGGGCUCUCCCUUCGCCCGAGCCAGCAUUAAAAGUGCCAAGCUGGAGAACUCUACCUUUUUUCACAAAAAGGAGAGGAGGAUGCGUUUCUAUAUCCGCCGCAUGGUCAAAACUCAGGCCUUCUACUGGACCGUGCUCAGCCUGGUCGCCCUCAAUACGCUGUGUGUGGCGAUUGUCCACUACAACCAGCCUGAGUGGCUGUCAGACUUUCUCUACUAUGCAGAAUUCAUUUUCUUAGGACUCUUUAUGUCCGAAAUGUUUAUAAAAAUGUACGGGCUCGGGACGCGGCCUUACUUCCACUCCUCCUUCAACUGUUUCGACUGCGGGGUCAUCAUCGGGAGCAUCUUUGAGGUCAUCUGGGCCGUCAUCAAACCCGGCACGUCCUUCGGCAUCAGCGUGUUACGAGCCCUCAGGUUACUGCGUAUUUUCAAAGUUACAAAGUACUGGGCAUCUCUCAGGAACCUGGUCGUGUCUCUGCUCAACUCCAUGAAGUCCAUCAUCAGCCUCCUGUUCCUACUCUUCCUCUUCAUCGUGGUCUUUGCCCUGCUGGGGAUGCAGCUCUUCGGCGGUCAGUUUAAUUUCGACGAAGGGACUCCCCCCACCAACUUUGACACCUUUCCAGCGGCAAUAAUGACGGUAUUCCAGAUCCUCACCGGCGAGGACUGGAAUGAAGUCAUGUACGACGGCAUCAAAUCGCAGGGCGGCGUGCAGGGCGGCAUGGUUUUCUCCAUCUAUUUCAUCGUGCUCACGCUCUUCGGCAACUACACGCUCCUCAAUGUGUUUCUGGCCAUCGCGGUGGACAAUCUCGCCAAUGCCCAGGAGCUCACCAAGGACGAACAAGAAGAAGAGGAGGCGGCCAACCAGAAACUGGCGUUGCAGAAAGCUAAGGAGGUGGCGGAAGUGAGCCCUCUGUCAGCAGCCAACAUGUCCAUCGCCGUGAAGGAGCAGCAGAAGAACCAGAAGCCCGCGAAGUCGGUGUGGGAGCAGCGCACGAGCGAGAUGCGAAAGCUGAACCUGCUGGCCAGCCGGGAGGCGCUGUACGGCGAGCCGGACCCCGACGAGCGCUGGAAGGCGGCGUACACGCGCCACCUGCGGCCGGACAUGAAGACGCACCUGGACCGGCCGCUGGUGGUGGACCCGCAGGAGAACCGCAACAACAACACCAACAAGAGCGGCGCGGCCGACCCCGCGGCGGACCAGCGGCUGGGCCAGCAGCGCGCCGAGGACUUCCUGCGCAAGCAGGCGCGCUACCACGAGCGCGCGCGGGAGCCCGGCGGCCCAGGGGGCCUGGACGCGCGGCGGCCCUGCUGGACCGACAGCCACGAGGCCGAGCUGAGCCGGGAGGGGCCUUACGGCCGCGAGUCGGACCAUCACCUCCGCGAGGGCGGCCUGGAGCCGCCGGGCUUCUGGGACGCCGAGCCCGAGCGGCCCAAGGCCGGGGACCCGCACCGCGCCCGGCACGGCCGCCGGCAGGGCCAGGGCGGCAGCCGCGAGAGCCGCAGCGGCUCCCCCCGCACCGGCGCCGACGGGGAGCCCCGCCGGCACCGGCCCCACCGCCGGCCGGGCGAGGAGGUGCCCGAGGACAAGGCGGAGCGCCGGGCGCGGCACCGCGAGGGCAGCCGACCGGCCCGGGGCGGCGAGGGCGAGGCCGAGGGCCCGGACGGCGGCGGGGGCGAGAGGCGGCGGCGGCACCGCCACGGGCCCCCGGGCCCCGCGUACGACACGGACACGCGGAGGGACGACCGCGAGCGCCGGCACCGCCGGAGGAAAGACAACCAGAGCUCCGGGGUGCCCGUCUCGGGCCCCAACCUGUCGACCACUCGGCCUAUUCAGCAGGACCUGGGUCGCACCCAGGAGCCACCGCUGGCCGAGGCCAUCGACAAUAUGAAGAACAACAAACUGGCCACGGCCGAGUCUCCCAGCCCCCACGACACCCGGGGCCCCCCGGGCCUGCCCCCGAGCCCCACCAAGAUGGGCAACAGCACGGACCCCAUGCUGGGUCCACCCGCCCAGGCCCCCAAUGCAGCUGGCCGCCGGAUCCCCAACAACCCGGGGAACCCGUCCAACCCUGGCCCCCAAAAAUCCCCCGAGAACAGCCUUAUUGUCACCAACCCCAGCAGUAGCCAGGCCAACUCAGCGCAGACUGCCAGGAAGCCCGACCACACUGCGGUGGACAUCCCCCCGGCCUGCCCGCCCCUCAGCCACACGGUCGUGCAAGUGAACAAGAACGCCAACCCAGACCCACUGCCAAAAAAGGAGGAGGAGAAGAAAGAGGACGAUGACGCUGGGGAGGAUGGCCCCAAGCCCAUGCCCCCCUACAGCUCCAUGUUCAUCCUCUCCACCACCAACCCCCUCCGCCGCCUGUGCCAUUACAUCCUGAACCUACGCUACUUCGAGAUGUGCAUCCUCAUGGUCAUCGCCAUGAGCAGCAUUGCCCUGGCAGCCGAGGACCCGGUGCAGCCCAAUGCGCCCCGGAACAACGUGCUGCGGUAUUUUGACUACGUCUUUACAGGCGUCUUUACCUUUGAGAUGGUGAUCAAGAUGAUCGACCUGGGGCUCGUGCUGCACCAGGGCGCCUACUUCCGCGACCUCUGGAACAUUCUGGACUUCAUAGUGGUCAGUGGAGCGCUGGUGGCCUUCGCCUUCACGGGCAACAGCAAAGGGAAGGACAUCAACACUAUCAAGUCCCUCCGUGUCCUCCGGGUGCUACGACCUCUUAAAACCAUCAAGCGGUUGCCAAAGCUCAAGGCCGUGUUCGACUGCGUGGUGAACUCGCUCAAGAACGUCUUCAACAUCCUCAUCGUCUACAUGCUCUUCAUGUUCAUCUUCGCUGUCGUGGCUGUGCAGCUGUUCAAGGGCAAGUUCUUCCACUGCACCGACGAGUCCAAGGAGUUCGAGAAGGACUGUCGCGGCAAGUACCUGCUCUAUGAGAAAAAUGAGGUGAAGGCGCGGGACCGCGAGUGGAAGAAGUACGAGUUCCACUACGACAACGUGCUCUGGGCGCUGCUCACACUCUUCACCGUGUCCACGGGCGAGGGCUGGCCCCAGGUCCUCAAGCACUCGGUGGACGCCACAUUCGAGAACCAGGGCCCAAGCCCCGGCUACCGCAUGGAGAUGUCCAUCUUCUACGUCGUCUACUUCGUCGUCUUCCCCUUCUUCUUCGUCAACAUCUUCGUGGCCCUCAUCAUCAUCACGUUCCAGGAGCAGGGGGACAAGAUGAUGGAGGACUACAGCCUGGAGAAGAACGAGCGGGCCUGCAUCGACUUCGCCAUCAGCGCGAAGCCACUUACGCGCCACAUGCCGCAGAACAAGCAGAGCUUCCAAUACCGGAUGUGGCAGUUCGUGGUGUCUCCGCCCUUCGAGUACACCAUCAUGGCCAUGAUCGCCCUCAACACCAUCGUGCUCAUGAUGAAGUUCUACGGGGCGUCCACAGCCUACGAGAAUGCACUCCGGGUGUUCAACAUUGUCUUCACGUCGCUCUUCUCCCUGGAAUGUCUGCUCAAGGUCAUGGCCUUUGGGAUCCUGAACUAUUUCCGUGACGCCUGGAACAUCUUCGACUUCGUGACGGUCCUUGGCAGCAUCACAGACAUCCUCGUCACUGAGUUCGGGGUAAGUAACAACUUCAUCAACUUGAGUUUCCUUCGCCUCUUCCGCGCUGCCCGGCUCAUCAAACUCCUCCGUCAGGGUUAUACCAUCCGCAUUCUCCUCUGGACCUUUGUACAGUCCUUCAAGGCGCUGCCCUAUGUCUGCCUGCUGAUCGCCAUGCUGUUCUUCAUUUAUGCCAUCAUCGGGAUGCAGGUGUUUGGCAACAUCGGCAUCGACGUGGAGGACGAGGACAGCGAUGAGGACGAGUUCCAAAUCACUGAGCACAAUAACUUUCGAACCUUCUUCCAGGCCCUCAUGCUUCUCUUCCGGAGUGCCACCGGGGAGGCGUGGCACAACAUCAUGCUCUCCUGUCUCAGCGGGAAGCCCUGCGACAAGAACUCGGGCAUCCUGACCCCAGAGUGCGGCAAUGAGUUUGCGUAUUUCUACUUUGUGUCCUUCAUCUUCCUCUGCUCAUUCCUGAUGCUGAACCUCUUCGUCGCUGUCAUCAUGGAUAAUUUCGAGUACCUGACGCGGGACUCCUCCAUCCUGGGCCCGCACCACCUGGACGAGUACGUGCGUGUGUGGGCCGAGUACGACCCCGCUGCGUGCGGCCGCAUCCAUUAUAAGGACAUGUACAGUUUAUUACGAGUCAUUUCUCCCCCCCUCGGCUUAGGCAAGAAGUGCCCACAUAGGGUGGCGUGCAAGAGGCUGCUCCGCAUGGACCUGCCCGUGGCGGACGACAACACGGUGCACUUCAACUCGACGCUCAUGGCGCUCAUCCGCACGGCGCUGGACAUCAAGAUCGCCAAGGGAGGUGCCGACAAGCAGCAGAUGGAUGCCGAGCUGAGGAAGGAGAUGAUGGCCAUCUGGCCCAACCUGUCCCAGAAGACACUGGACCUCCUGGUGACCCCCCACAAGUCCACGGACCUGACGGUGGGGAAGAUCUACGCGGCAAUGAUGAUCAUGGAGUACUACCGGCAGAGCAAGGCCAAGAAGCUCCAGGCCAUGCGCGAGGAGCAGAACCGGACGCCCCUCAUGUUCCAGCGAAUGGAGCCCCCGUCCCCGACUCAGGAAGGGGGCCCCGGGCAGAACGCGCUGCCAUCCACUCAGCUGGAGCCUGGAGGUGGCCUGAUGGCUCACGAGGGUGGCCUCAAGGAUAGCCCGUCAUGGGUGACCCAGCGCGCCCAGGAGAUGUUCCAGAAGACAGGAGCCUGGAGCCCGGAGCGAGGGCCCCCCGCCAACAUGCCCAACAGCCAGCCUGAAUCACAGUCUGUGGAGAUGCGGGAGAUGUGCAGAGACGGCUACUCGGACAGCGAGCACCACCUCCCCAUGGAUGGCCAGGCCCGUGCCACCUCCAUGCCCCGCCUCCCCGCCGAGAACCAGAGGCGACGGGGCCGGCCGCGUGGGAAUAACCUGAGUACCAUCUCGGACAGCAGCCCCAUGAAGCGCUCGGCGUCAGUGCUGGGCCCCAAGGCGCGGCGCCUGGACGACUACUCCCUGGAGCGGGUCCCGCCAGAGGACACGCAGCGCCACCACCCCCGGCCCCGCGGGGAGCGCGGCCACCGCACCUCCCAGCGCUCCCUCGGCCGCUACACCGACGUGGACACAGGCCUGGGGACUGACCUGAGUGUGACCACCCAGUCCGGGGACCUGCCCCCCAAGGAGCGGGAGCAGGAGCGGGGCCGGCCCAAGGACCGGAAGCACCGGCACCACCACCACCACCACCACCCGCCCCCCGAGCGGCCCGAGCACAGCCGGCCCCGGGCCCGCGACCAGCGCUGGUCCCGCUCGCCCAGCGAGGGCCGGGAGCACAUGACACACCGGCAGGGCAGUAGUUCCGUAAGCGGAAGCCCAGCCCCUUCAACGUCUGGCACCAGCACUCCGCGGCGGGGGCGCCGCCAGCUCCCCCAGACCCCCUGCACCCCGCGGCCGCACGUGUCCUAUUCCCCCGUGAUCCGUAAGGCGGGCGGCGCGGGUGCGGCGCAGCAGCGGGCACUGCCCGGCGGCCCGCGGAGGUACCCGGGGCCCGGGGCCGAGCCCGGGCCCGGGGAGCGACCCCCGGUGGGGCCUCCCGGAGGAGGCGGCGGCCGCUCCCCCGCCUCGGAGCGCCGGGGCCCGGGCCCGGCCCGCAGCGAGUCCCCGCGCGCCUGCCGGCACAGCGGGGCGCGCUGGCCAGGGAGCGGGGCGCACGCACCCGACGGGGCGCCCCGGCGCGACCAGGGCGGCUACUACCGCGGCUCCGACUACGACGAGGCCGACGGGCCGGGCGGCGGGGAGGAGCCGGGGCUCGGGCCGCCCCCCAGCGCCCGGCACGCGUGCCCCGGGGCCCCCGCGCACUCGCCCAGGACUCCCCGGGCCGCGGGGCGGCCGUGCGCGCCCCAGUCCCGGCACGGCCGGAGACUCCCCAACGGCUACUACCCGGCCCAAGGACUGGCCCGGCCGCGCGGGCCCCCCGCCCGCAAAGGGCUGCGCGAAGCCUACAGCGAGACGGACGACGAUUGGUGCUAAGCCCGGGCAGGGGGACCCCCGCGCCCGCCCGGCCUCCCCCACGCACCCCACGCACACGCCCCCCGCGGGGAGAAGCCGCGCCCGCCCCGCGCGCGGAGGGGCCCC